AUGGUUUUUGGGUUUCACUUGCCACAAAAUGAGAGAGCGAGAGAGAUAUCAAAUUGUUGCUUCACGCUGGAUAUCAACAAUUCCUCAUUUGCUCAUCUGGAUUCUUCUUUGGAUAUCUUGUUAAUGGAAUCUUUUCUGAGAAGACUAUUUGUGCAGUCAUCAAGACAUGGCAAGGUUGCAAUUCUGGAUGGGUAUAUCCAGCUGACAGAGAAUGAUGAAUUUGCUUACCAAGAGAUGCUCACUCACCUUGCACUCUGUUCCAUUCCAAAUCCAAACAAGGUGCUGCUAGUUGGAGGAGGAGAUGGUGGAAUUCUUAGAGAGAUAUCUCGCCAUUCUUCUGUUGAGCAUAUUGAUAUAUGUGAAAUAGACAAAAUGGUGAUUGAUGUUUAUAAGAACUUUUUCCCGGAUAUAGCAAUUGGUUACCAGGAUCCUCGAGUGCAUGUUCAUAUCACUGAUGGAAUUGCGUUCAUCAAUUCUGCUCCUGAGGGCACUUAUGAUGCUAUUAUAUUGGAUGCUUUCAACCCAACGGGACCUAUUGCAGAAGUGCUUGCAGAUAACUGCUUCUUGGAGUCAGUAGCAAAGGCUCUUCGACCCGGUGGAGUUCUGUCUGCUCCAGCAGAAACCUUGUGGCAUGAGAACUUUAUCAUUGCAGAUACCAUAGCAGAUUGCAAGAAGAUAUUCAAGGGCUCCGUCAACUAUGCUUGGACCACAGUUCCUACAUAUGCAAGUGGUGUAAUUGGAUUUAUGCUUUGCUCAACGGAGGGUCCCCCAGUCAACUUCAAACACCCAAUAAAUCCACUGAAUCCAGAGUACACUGGUCAGCCUUGUCUGCCAUCAAUUUAG